AGAGAGAGAGAGAUCAACGUUAAAAAUCACUCAAAACGACUCUGAGACUGUUCCUCAUCAGUUAUGUAUAUGUCAGUAGUGUUCCACCCACUCUACUCUGCCAGGGUCCAGAACUCCAGCGUACUCGGCCACGGUCCAGGUUCACUGUCGUAUGUGCAGGAAAUGGUCACCGGCAGCAUGGCCGGCGUUAGGAUGGUCAAACACUUACGGGCUAAAUAAAGGGGUGAACAUGUUCGGGAGUGGGAGGAAGAGAAAGCCUGUGGGGGGCACUAAGCAAGCUGGGAAGGUUGGCUUGGGAUGCAGAUCGUUGAGGAAAAGGGGUCCUCGGACCGAGAGCAUUAUUUCUCUGUGUGCCGGUGUUGUAAUGCAAUGUUUGCAAUGAACACUGCCUCUGCAUCCUACUUCCCUCCCUCCAAACACAGAGGGCUGCCCACCACAGUGUAAUUAAGGUUUUGUGAUGGUUUUCUGCUGUACUGACCGCCCCACGGUACAGUUCAACCCGUGUGUUGCAAUCGCCUCAAAGAAAGAGACAGAUAGACGGUCAAUACUCCGCUGUCGUCGUGUGGGAAAACAGUCUGUGGAGGAGUCUCCAUUUGUGACACGAGGACAAAAAAGCAGUCAUGUCUAGAACUUGUCCACUGCUCACAGUCCAGCCAUCCAGAGGACUUGUUGAUGAAAAGUUUGUAAUUACUGUAAAACAUUUACCGCCUAAACAAGAGGUUACUCUUUAUUCCCUACAUGAGUGUGAAAACGGGAAUUUCUGGGAGGCAUUUGGACACUAUGUCAGCGACCCACAAGGAGCAGUCUCAGGCACAGACGAUGCCAGUGUAGGAGGUACUUAUGAGGGCAUUGAACCCAUGGGUUUACUCUGGAGCAUGAGACCAGUACCAGGGAGCAAACCAGGACUCAGGUUGAGAAAGAAGAAUGUUCAGACUCCAGUUGUGGUCCAGAUCUUUGUUUACAUGGGUCACCUCAACCAGGGGUUCAGGGAGCAGGUGGCCUUAGCUUGUUCCCCAGUUGAACGCUGGUACAUGGCCCCAGGUGUCCAGAGAGUCGAUGUCACAGAUCCCCUGGUCCGUGGGACCCUCUUCCUUCCUCCAGGUCCUGGACCUUUUUCAGCAAUUCUGGAAAUAGGGGGAGCUGGUGGAGGGAUGGUGGAAUAUCGCUCUGCCAUCUUGGCAUCCCAUGGCUUCGUCUCCAUGACACUGGAGUAUCAUUCUGCUGAAACAGUAAAGGCUGAUAUUCAUUUGCUCUAUUUUGAGAAAGCCUUCAGAAUUUUGCAAGAGCACCCCCUGGUAGCCAGUGAAUGUGUGGCAUUGCUUGGCUUAUCUUAUGGCUGCUAUAUUUCCUUAUACAUGGCUGUGCACUCUGAGGUUGCAAAGCCCAGGUGUUGCGUGUGUAUCGGUGGAAGCCAUGUCAAAUCUACGAAGACAGCAUUCGCACCUCCUUGGGAGUUCUUUAAACAAAACAUGUCCAAAAUGCAUAUUGACAAAGAGAAUUGUGUAAUCUGGAAAGACACUCUUUUACCAAUAUCAUCGGAUCUUGACACAAAAUUAGAUGUGAGGAAGAUAAAGUGCCCAUUGCUACUUGUUAAUGGGCUAGAUGAUCAGGGCUUGCCGGCAGCAGAAUCUGCUGAAGAUAUGCACAUGAUGAUGGAGAAAGCUGGGAACAGUCAUUUGUUGACUGUACUUUCCUACCCCGAAACUGGCCAUCUGAUUGAGCCACCCUACUCUCCACAUUGUCGUGCCAGCAUCUUAUUCUUGGACAGCAGCCUAUACAUGAUGAUGCUGUGGGGCGGCCAGUCUAAACCACAUGCUGAUGCUCAGGAGCAGUCAUGGAGGAAAAUUCUGGAGUUCCUACAGCAGCAUCUGUAUUACGGCAAGGAUUCUGCGCCAUUGUCCAGGUUAUAAGGUCACACGAGAACAGUGAAACACUGCAAAAGGCUCUAUAUGAACAUGACACUGUUGCAACACAAAUUGGCAUGCUUUCUUACAUUAAUUCAUUUUGCUGACACCUUUCUUCAGGACAGCUUAUAGUGUUAAGCUCUCUACAAC